CUUUUGUUUCUUUGCACUCUGUUCAACAUUUGUUAUUAGUACUAAUCCAUAUUUCACCUCACAGGGGGUGCUGCCAUGCAAUAAAUCAUUGUCGAGCAGAGUAGCAUUAGCCUUGACUCUGCCUAUCAAGGGUUGAAAUUAGCAAAUGUUUAAAUCCAGCUCUGGUGAUCAAAAUGAAUUAAUUAGGAUUUAAAGACAUUAUCUUUUUCCCGAGCUCUUUCUUUCCAAAAAAAGCUUGUUUCUUGAUUGGAGGGCUUACCUACUCCUAACUGCACCACCAAAAGGCAGACUGUCCAGCACCAAGAACAAAGUCAAACCAUGAAUCCUAACUGUUUACCAAAAUAAAAUCAACUGAAAAUUUUAAAAACAAAAGAAUGAGAAAAAAAAAAAUCUCUCAUGUUAUAUGUGAUGGGUUGUGAGUUUCAUGACCAAGUUGCCUAGUACACUUGCUUUCUCACCUCUUCCAGGCUUCUGACUCCAAAGAACGAACUUUCCCUUUUAUUUCUUUGAUUUUUGUUUUUGUUCAACAAGCAAGAAAAGCUUCCACUUUCCUUUUGUGAUCAUUUGUUUCUUGGAAUACUUGUUCUUCUGUUCUUGAAAAUAAUAAUUCAAUUAAAUUUAGACCACAACCUAGUAAGAGAGAUGAUGGACUAUCUUGAGCUUGCUGCAAUGUCAUCUUACAAAGAGUCCCUUAAGGUUCUCGAGGCUGAUAUUCAGCAUGCUAAUGUGUUGGCAGCUUCUAUUCCAAGAGCCAAAAGUGGUUCCUGUCUACAAAUGAAACUGGUUUAUAAUCACCUGGCACCCAUUUUUCUGUUUUUGCUCCAAUGGAUGGAUUGCUCUUGUACCUGUCUACUUUCAACUUAUUUUAACCUUUUCCACAUUGUUGCAUACAAGGUAUGCUCAGACAGGAAGCCGAAGAUUUCUUCGUGCGGACGGAAGACAACUAUUAGGCAAUUCUAUGCUGUUAUAUUACCAUCACUUCAGCGUCUUCAUGGUGAUACAAAGGAGCCAGACGUAACUCAGGAAGAAGGCCCCUUCCUGGAGAUGAUUGUCAAGAACAGACUAGAAGAUAGGAGGAAGCUUUCAGAUGUAAACCUGCUGAGGGAAGACGAAUGUGGGAUCUGCUUGGAACCUUGCACAAAAAUGGUUGUGCCAAGCUGCUGCCAUGCAAUGUGUAUCAACUGCUACCAUGAAUGGAACACAAGGUCAGAAUCUUGCCCAUUUUGUCGAGGCAGUCUGAAGAGAGUAAAUUCAGAAGAUCUUUGGGUCCUCACUUGCAGUAGUGAUGUGGUUGACACUAACACCGUAUUAAAGGAAGAUAUCUUGAGGUUCUAUCUUUACAUAAACAACUUGCCAAAAGAUAUCCCGGAUGAUCUAUUCCUGAUGUAUUAUGAGCACCUAAUCUAAUCUGAUAGACAAGGAGAAUGACAUUUCAAAUUUGGAUAAAAAGAAAGCAGGCCAUCACAUGGACAUAAAGUCUGGUUAGGUUUCCACAUUGAAAUUCCUUUGAUAAUUUAUCAACUGUUCAGAAUAAUGUAGAUGAUCAAUGGAAGAAACCCCGGCUAUUGUGUUCAGAAUGACAUUGGGAAUGUGUAAGGCUAGAGAAAGGAACAUGGACAUCCUUCAAACGGUGACAUCUGCCACUUCCAAUUCUCUAAGAAGCUUGUUGCUUUGGGAAUUUGUCACGGUAUCAUGAACUGACUUUGACUGUUGGACUGAUUUAUGAGAAUGAUAUGCUGAAGAAUGAAAGCCAGUCAUGCAUUUUGCUGUGCCAUUGAAAUCUUUAGAUCUUUAUCUUUCGAACAAUUUGGAUGCUUUAAUUUUUAACAUGCUGACCUUCUUAAUUGUAACAUAACUAUUAGCAAGUUUCCUUCAGUAUAAGGGGUGAAUUCCAUGCUUGUUCACGCAUUUUUCUUUUUCCUGCUUUGAGAAAGGAUUCCACAAUCACAUUUCAGUUGAAAGGUGAAACAUUAGAUGCAUGAAGAAACUUUUUAUGUUCUCACUUAGUGAGUUCAUGAUUACGUGUAGUAUUCUCUAGUGAUGUCCAUGUCAAGCUUGAAUUUGCAAAAUUCUCCAUGAAAAUGAUACCAGAACAAGUUGAUCAAUAUA